GGCUCACAUGCUCAGACCCCACAAAUUUACCCAGCUCCCAUGACAGCCUGUGAGAGUGAGGGAAGAGGCUCUAAGAUAGAAUAAGAAUUUCCUCAGGAAACACUCUGGGCCAAGCCUCAGGAGCUCUGGUUAAUGGCAUCUAUUUGCGUUAUCAGGCUGAAUCUUCACUUGGUUGAGGCUGAUAUUGUUAGAAAGGAUCCUGACCUCAAGUGUUGAUCAAAAGGACUUCAGGCUCAAGAUGGUGGCAGCAGCUGUGUUGCUACAGUGUUGCCCAGUGCUUGCCCGGGGCCCCACAGGUCUCCUGGGCAAAGUGGUUAAGAUUCAUCCAUUCCUAUUUGGUAUUGGACACUGUCCUAUCCUAGCCACCCAAGGACCAACCUGUUCUCAAAUCCACCUUAAGGCAACCAAGGCUGGAGGAGACUCUUCAUCUUGGGCUAAGGGCCACUGUCCCUUCAUGCUGUCAGAACUCCAGGAUGGGAAGAGCAAGAUUGUGCAGAAGGCAGCCCCAGAAGUCCAGGAGGAUGUGAAGACUUUCAAGACAGACCUGCUAAGCUCCCUGGCCUCCACCAGCCCAAGGAAGUCUCUCCCUGCUUCCCAAGAUCCAGAGCAAAUUUCAGAGAAGCUUACACAACUGAUUCAGGACAAUAUGGCUGGAAUCCAUGCCUUUGGUUAUGACCAGUUUUUUAGGGACAAGAUCAUGGAGAAGAAACUGGACCACACCUACCGCGUGUUCAAAACUGUGAACCGCUGGGCUAAUGCUUACCCUUUUGCCCAGCACUUCUCUGAGGCAUUUGUGGCCUCAAAGGAUGUGUCUGUGUGGUGUAGUAAUGACUACCUGGGCAUGAGUCGGCACCCUCGGGUCUUGCAGGCUAUACAGGAGACCCUGCAGCAUCAUGGAGCUGGAGCUGGUGGCACCCGUAACAUCUCAGGAACCAGUAAGUUCCAUGUGGAGCUUGAGCAGGAGCUAGCUGAACUGCAUCAGAAGGACUCAGCCCUGCUCUUCUCUUCCUGCUUUGUGGCAAAUGACUCUACUCUCUUCACAUUGGCCAAGAUCCUGCCAGGAUGCGAGAUUUACUCAGAUGCAGGCAACCAUGCUUCCAUGAUCCAAGGUAUUCGCAACAGCGGAGCAGCUAAAUUUGUCUUCAGACACAAUGAUCCUGAUCACCUGAAGAAACUUCUAGAGAAAUCCAACCGUAAGACACCAAAAAUUGUGGCCUUUGAGACUGUUCAUUCCAUGGAUGGUGCCAUCUGUCCCCUUGAGGAGUUGUGUGAUGUGGCCCACCAGUAUGGGGCCUUGACCUUCGUGGAUGAGGUUCAUGCUGUAGGACUAUAUGGGUCCCGGGGAGCUGGGAUUGGGGAGCGUGAUGGAAUUAUGCACAAGAUUGACAUCAUCUCUGGAACUCUUGGCAAGGCUUUUGGCUGCGUGGGUGGCUAUAUUGCCAGCACUCGUGACUUGGUGGACAUGGUGCGCUCCUAUGCUGCAGGCUUCAUCUUCACCACUUCACUGCCCCCCAUGGUGCUCUCUGGGGCUCUAGAAUCUGUGCGUCUGCUAAAGGGAGAGGAGGGCCAAGCUCUGCGAAGGGCCCACCAGAGGAACGUCAAGCAUAUGCGCCAGCUACUAAUGGACAAGGGUCUUCCUGUCAUCCCUUGCCCCAGCCAUAUCAUCCCCAUCCGGGUGGGUGAUGCAGCACUCAACAGCAAGAUCUGUGAUCUCCUGCUCUCCAAGCAUAGUAUCUAUGUGCAGGCCAUCAACUACCCAACUGUUCCCCGGGGUGAGGAGCUGCUGCGCCUGGCACCUUCCCCACACCACAGCCCUCAGAUGAUGGAAAAUUUUGUGGAGAAACUGCUGGUAACCUGGACUGAAGUGGGGCUGCCCCUCCAAGAUGUGUCUGUGGCUGCCUGCAAUUUCUGUCACCGUCCUGUGCACUUCGAGCUCAUGAGUGAGUGGGAACGUUCCUACUUUGGUAACAUGGGGCCCCAAUAUGUCACCACCUACGCCUGAGAAGCCAGCUGCCUUGGAUGCCCACUCCACCUACACUUCACCUGGGGUUGGGCCUCCUCCUGUCCUCUGCUUUGUUGUGUGCCUCUAGCUGAUUUGAAUCUAAAAAUAAAGAGCAAACUGCAGCAUUUAUAGCA